AUGGCUCCUAAGGCAGCAGGAGACUCUGCAAAAGUAAAGAGUUCCUCAGUAUAUAAGGAUAAGAGUAAGCCGACCGAUAUUCGCCUUAGCAAUAUAAAUGCCGCAAAAGCUGUAUCUGAUGCUAUUAGGACAAGUCUUGGCCCUCGUGGCAUGGACAAAAUGAUUCAAGCGGCUAAUGGUGAAGUAACCAUAACAAAUGAUGGAGCCACCAUCUUGAAACAAAUGAAUGUUAUUCAUCCAGCUGCAAAAAUGUUGGUGGAAUUGUCACGUGCACAAGACAUAGAGGCAGGUGAUGGGACCACGUCUGUUGUUGUUGUGGCUGGUGCUCUCCUGGAUGCUGCUGAAAAACUUUUGCAAAAAGGAAUACAUCCUACAGUUAUUUCAGAUGGAUUUCAAAAAGCUCUACAAAUGGCUCUUCAGGUAAUUGAAAACAUGUCAACACCUGUAGAUUUAUCUAAUGAAGAUGUUCUACUGAAAGCAGCAGCAACAUCACUCAACUCAAAAGUGGUGUCACAGCACUCAACUAUUUUGGCCCCUAUUGCUGUUCAAGCUAUUCGUGCAGUCAUGGAACCCAUAGUAGGCGGAAUAGGCGCCCGCGUUGACUUACGAGAUGUAAAGGUGAUUGAACGCAUUGGAGGAACGGUGGAAGACACCGAGCUGAUACAAGGACUGGUCAUUGCUCAUCGGGCUGCUAAUGUUAACGGUCCGCACCGCAUUGAAAAGGCCAAAGUUGGUCUCAUUCAAUUUUGCAUUUCACCUCCCAAAACUGAUAUGGAUCACAAUGUGAUAGUGUCCGACUAUGCUGCAAUGGACCGUGUGUUAAAAGAAGAGCGUCAAUACAUUUUGAACAUUGUGAAACAAAUAAAGAAAGCGGGGUGUAAUGUUUUAUUAGUUCAGAAGUCCAUCUUGAGAGAUGCUCUUAGUGACUUAGCAGUGCACUUCUUAGAUAAAAUUAAAACAAUGGUUAUCAAGGACAUUGAACGAGAAGACAUUGAAUUUGUUUGUAAAACAUUAGGGUGUCGCCCUAUAGCCUCAUUAGACCAUUUCACAGCUGAAAAUCUUGUUAAUGUGGACUUAGUUGAAGAAGUUAGUGGAUCUGGCGGAAAAUACAUUAAGAUGACGGGAUGUCAAAGCGGUGGCCGCACGGUAUCGGUUGUAACCCGCGGUACAAGCAGCGCAGUAGUUGCGGAAGCCGCUCGUUCUCUACACGACGCUUUAUGUGCUGUACGCUGCGUUGCGAGGAGACCUGCAUUAUUGCCAGGUGGGGGCGCGCCGGAAGCUGCAGCAGCUGCUGCGCUCUCCAAGGCUGCGCUAGCCGCUCCAGGUGCUGAUCAUUAUUGUUUGCGUGCCUAUGCUGACGCUCUAGAAGUUAUACCAUCAACUCUUGCUGAAAAUGCGGGAUUAAACCCCAUAGAAACAGUGACCGAAUUACGAGCUGCACACGCAAGUGGUUCAGCUAGCGGAGCGGGUGUAAAUGUGCGGCGUGGGCGGGUCACUGACAUGCGUCACGAGCAUGUUCUUCAGCCAUUGCAUGUUACUGCUUCUGCGCUAGCACUCGCCACAGAGACUGUACGCGCCAUACUUAAAAUUGAUGACAUUGUGAACACCCUUAAUUAA